AUGAGGGGCCCCUGCGAGAAGUCUGGGGAGAGUGAAGAACAGGAGAAAGAGGUGGCGGCGGCUACGGCGGCUGGGCGUCCUGCAGGGGUCCCGGAGGCUGAGGAUUCAGACACAGAUUCAGACUCUAACCUGGAGACGGAAGGCACCCAUGGGCUCAGAGAACUGGUCAAGGACACCCUCUACCUGAGGUCUUGCCGGGCCCACGGUGCCGUGCCCGUUUCCCGCUUUCUGCGCCAAGGGAGAGCCCCAGAGCUGAAUCUGCGGCACCGUGGCCUGGGGCCCCAGGGGGCCCGGGCUCUGGCUCCUGCACUAUCCUCCAAUCCCUAUGUCAAGCGGCUGGACCUUCGGGACAACGGGCUCCGUGGGGCCGGCGCAGAGGCCCUGGCGCACGCCCUGAGCAAAAGCAGCAGCAUCUGUGAUGUGGACCUGUCGGAGAACCAGCUGGGAGCGGUGGGAGCCCAGGCCGUCUGCGCUGCCCUCAUGGCAAACCCUGCCAUACAGAAGGUACAGCUGGCAGGGAACAGCCUGGAGGAGCAGGCAGCCCAGUACCUCGCUGAACUGCUGCUGGCCCACACGGGCCUGAAGUCCCUGGACCUGAGCUAUAACCAGCUAAAUGACCAAGCAGGGGAGACGCUUGGACCAGCCUUGGCAGAAAACACAGGACUCACCGAGCUUAACCUGAGCUGGAAUCAUCUUCGAGGCCCAGGCGCUGUCUCCUUUGCCAGAGGACUGGGGGCAAACAUCUUCCUGAGAGUCCUGGACAUCUCAUACAAUGGCUUUGGAGACCCUGGAGCCUCUGCAGUGGGUGAGGCACUUCGGACCAACAAUGUGUUGGAGGAACUCAACAUGAGCAACAACCGCAUCUCUGUGGUGGGAGCCCGGAGCCUGGGCUUGGGCCUCCGGGUCAACCAGACACUGAGGAUUCUUGUUAUGUCCAGGAAUCCCAUGCGAAGUGAAGGCUGCCUGGGUGUCCUCAAGUCUGUCCGGGAUAAUCCAGUGUCUGCCCUGGAACUGCUGGAUUUCUCUGGUAUCCAGGUGCACAGAGAGUUUGAGGCCCUCGCUAGCUCAGUGAAGGCGAUUCUUCCAGGGCUUUGCAUAAGGUCUGAUGCCGGCAGAGUGGAGUACAAAAAAGAGUUACUGGCAGUCUGGAGACCGUCCCUACCAGCGUCGGCCCCUAAAUGA